AUGGCCAUCGAGAUCCUUCCCCUCACAAAGGAGGACAUCCCCUCGGCCGUAGCAUGCAUCCAGAAAGCAUUCGCCGACGACCCGUAUUUUCAUUGGGUAUUCAACAAUAAAUCUGGGUUUCAGCCCUACCAUAUAAACAAGACUAAACAAAGUCAUGAACAGUUCAACAUCCACCGCAACGCCGCCUCUCUCGCCGCACACUUCCUCUACGGCCUUUCCUGCAACGAGCCCAUUUUCGUGGCCAAAUACACUACCAACACCCCCAGCGAUAAGAUUCCCACCGACUCCCCCGUCGUUGGAGUCUGCUGGUGGUACAGCCCGCAACCCCCGUCCGAACCUGUCCCCUGGUCCGUCUGGGCGCAAGACUGGAUCCUCUCCUUCCGCCAGCUGUACAACAACAUCCGGUUCGGUGGCCGUGGGGGGCUUAACGUCCGUCGUUACUGGCUCUGGAAAGCCCGGCAACAGGAGACUCACGACCGAGUUUGGACUGAUCCCCGCGGCUACUACUUCUGCAAUGUGAUCGCAGUCGACUCCUCGAUGCGAGGAAUGGGUCUGGGACGGAAAUUGGUUGAAGUAGUCAGUCAACAGGCUGAUCGAGAGGGAAUGCCUUGCUACCUAGAAAGUUCGAAGGGGUUCCCGAACCUGAUGAUCUAUGAAAAGUUGGGAUUUGAGAUGGUCAGCGAGAUUGAGUGUGUGGACGGCAAGGAUAAAUGCAAGUUGGACACUCGAUUGUAUUGGCGGUACUUGGCUAUGAUUUCUAACCUUCCGAAUAAGGUUGCCUUCGGUUCAGAUCGCGCAAUUCUAGCACGCUCUCUACUUUGCUUCCUUAAGGUUAGACCUUAUAUUCCCAAAAUAGUGACCCAUAAUUACCAAUUCACCUUCUUCAAUGUCUCCUUUCACUUGAUAGACCAUCUUCCACUGGUGCCAGUUCUCAGCAUGAUUCGGGGGAAAUCUAGGUUUACGAAAUACAUUGUCGCUGCAUUCGCCAGUUAUAUUAUUCUCACACUUCUAUUCAGUGGCACUGGGGGAAAGUAUUGGAAACAGGACUGGGUGAGAAUCGCGCGGUCCACGCUUGAGGAUCGGGCGCUGGAGCAUAUUCAGAAUGAGACGCUUGGGUUUGAACACAUAUAUGCCAUUGGGCUGAAAGAACGAACCGAUAAGCGCGAUUUCCUUAACCUCGCUGCGUCAAUAGCCGGGUUUCGGGUUGAAUGGAUAGAUGGGGUACAUCCAGAGGACAUGAGCGAGAAGGCUCUGCUCAACGAUAACUUAUUAGCACCAUCCGAGAUUGGAUGCUGGCGCGCUCAUAUGAACGCUUUGAGCAAUAUGGUCCAAAACUCCUACUCGACUGCGCUUAUCCUUGAAGACGACGCAGACUGGGACGUUAACAUUAGGCAGCAACUCCGCGAAUUUGCCCGAGGCGUGCGCGCGUUAACCAGAAAUGCUAAUACGACCAAGAGCGCUCCCUACGGCACCAACUGGGACAUCCUCUGGGUGGGAGGAUGCGCUUCAUCUGCCGCUCCCAACGAGACUCAAUUCUAUGCCAUCCCACAUGACCCAACUGCCCCCAGUGUUGAUCACCGUGGUACAUGGGGCGGCCCCCUCGACUCAUGGAAAGAGAAUUACCCUGAGACAUCGACUCGUUUCAUUUAUCGGGCCGAUAUGGGCUGCUGCACCUAUGGGUACGCGGUGACAAAGCGAGGCGCGGAGAGAAUCCUAGCAGCCUUAGCGGUCGACCGACUCGUGGCUGCAGUGGAUAACUCCAUGGCUGAUAUGUGUGGUGGUAAGGAUGGCCGUUCGCAGAUUGAGUGUUAUGCGCCGUUUCCCAACAUUAUCGGGACGUACAAGGCGGCCGGUCUUGCUUCGAAGGAUUCGGACAUCCGUGAAGGCAGCGACGAAUGGCACGAGGCACAGGCCUGGAAUCUCAUGUACAGCACCCGAUUGAAUAUUCAUCGACUGGUGGCUGGUAGGGAUACCGUAUAUGCGCAGUAUGAUGAGGGUUUUCCUUGGUCGCGGCGCGUGUUGAAUUGGAAGGAGUUCGAGUACCCCAGGGGUUAUCUAGUUUCUUGA